AAAGAGCAAUGGCUUCUUCAUUUAUGCUCAGCGCUUUGCGGGUGACGUGACACAUCGUAUUCCCGGCUCUCGUGCCAUACUAUUCUAUAAACUGGGGAAGUGAGGCCUACAGGUUGGAAGCAAAAGAUUGGAUAUCAAAAGACUGAAACAAAUAAUCAAAUCAGCGCGGAGAGCCGAGCACAAAACCUCCAGCAGCGAGUACGUGUGCACAGCCCCGCCCCUCUUUGGGCGAAGCGUCUAGAUCUGACCCUUCUCGUGACCUGUCGCGCGGCGGAGCAAGCGCGGAAGGCUUGGCGGGCGGUACGACACUAUGGAACCGGACGGGACCUACGAGCCGGGCUUCGUGGGUAUUCGAUUCUGCCAGGAAUGUAACAAUAUGCUUUACCCCAAGGAGGACAAGGAGAACCGCAUUCUGCUCUACGCGUGCCGGAAUUGUGAUUACCAGCAGGAAGCCGACAACAGUUGCAUCUACGUCAAUAAAAUCACGCACGAAGUGGACGAACUGACCCAGAUCAUCGCUGACGUCUCCCAGGACCCCACGUUGCCGCGGACCGAGGACCACCCGUGCCAAAAGUGCGGCCACAAGGAGGCGGUGUUUUUCCAGUCGCACAGUGCCCGGGCGGAGGACGCCAUGCGCUUGUAUUACGUGUGCACGGCUCCACACUGUGGCCACCGCUGGACCGAGUGAACCUGAACCACCCUCCCCCACAUGUAAUAAAUGGUCUGUUCUGUGCA